AUCAACCCAUUCAGGCAUUACAAAGAUAAGCUUUUGCACACUAAUGGCUGGGAUUGUGGUGGUUUUUGACUUCGACUCAACAAUCAUCGAGUGCGAUAGUGAUAACUGGGUUCUUGAUGAGUUUGGUCUAACUGAAAAGUUCUAUGAGUUUCUUCCUAACACGCUUUGGAACCCUCUCAUGGAUAAGAUGAUGUACGAACUUCAUUCACAAGGAAAAACCAUUGAAGACAUUGUACAAGUUCUGAAUAGGACUCCAAUGCAUCCCCGCAUUGUCCCAGCCAUAGAAGCAGCACAUUCCCUUGGGUGCGAGUUGAAGAUUGUGAGCGAUGCAAAUAGUUUCUUUAUUGAAACAAUUUUGAAGCAUCAUGGGGUUUGGAAUUGUUUCUCGGAGAUCACUGCAAACCCCAGCUAUGUUAAUGAAGAAGGGAUUCUCAGAAUUUGCCCCUACCAUGAUUAUGUCAAAUCUUCUCAUGGAUGUAAUAUCUGUCCAGCAAACAUGUGCAAGGGAUUGGUGAUGGAAAGGAUCCAAAAUUCGGUCGAUGCUGCAUCAGAGAAGAAGUACAUUUAUCUCGGAGAUGGAACUGGAGACUUCUGCCCUAGUUUGAAGCUGAAAGAUAAGGACUUUUUGAUGCCCAGAAGGAAUUUUCCAUUGUGUGAUUUAGUGUCCAAAAACUCUAAUCACGUAAAAGCAGAGGUGCAUGCAUGGAGAAAUGGGGAAGAGCUUCAUGAUGUUAUGCUCCAUAUUAUCAAGAACAGUGUUAGUAGUUGUACUCCAACAAGAUCAAUCGAUUGCAAGUUAGGGUCAAUUUCAAUUGAUGUUCAUAACCCUUUACCCACAGCACUUCCAGUUCCUCAAUAACUACCAAUUAGGAUCGAUCAAUCUCAAAAUUAUUAUGUUUCUUCUGUCUGUCAUCUCUCUGUGUUGCUACUUUAUUUUGCUGUCACUUCCCUGCUUUUGCAGAAAAUGUACCAGGCUUUAGCCUCCCAU